GAAAGAAGAUAAUGGAGCCAGACAGGACUCAGAUAAAGCUUGACCCCAGGUACACGGCAGAUCUCCUGGAAAUACUGAAAACCAAUUACAGCAUCCCCUCUGCCUGCUUCUCGCACCCUCCCACUGCAGCCCAGCUUCUGAGCGCAUUGGGCCCUAUGGAAAUUGCCCUCAUGGUCAUCAUGACCUUGCUUGCGUUGGGCUCAAUUGCCAUCUUCCUGGAGGAUGCCAUCUACCUGCACAAGAACACCUGUUGCCCCAUCAAGAGGAGGACGCUGCUCUGGAACAGUUCUGCACCCACGGUGGUGUCUGUGUUCUGCUGCUUUGGUCUCUGGAUCCCCCGUUCCCUCAUACUCGUGGAAAUGGCUAUAACCUCGUUUUAUGCGGUGUGCUUUUAUCUGAUGAUGCUGGUCAUGGUGCAAGGCUUUGGUGGGAAGGAGGCAGUAGUGAGGACACUGAAGGACACCCCGAUGAUGAUCCACACGGGCCCCUGCUGCUGCUGCUGCCCCUGCUGCCCCAAACUCAUGCUCACCAGGAAGAAGCUUCAGCUGCUGAUGCUGGGCCCCUUUCAGUACGCCUUCUUCAAGAUAACCCUGUGCCUGGUGGGCCUGUUUCUCAUCCCCGACGGCAUCUAUGAGCCAGCAGACAUUUCUGAGGCGAGCACAGCUCUAUGGAUCAACACUUUCCUUGGCGUGUCCACCCUGCUGGCUCUCUGGACCCUGGGCAUCCUUUUCCGUCAAGCUAGGCUGCACCUGGGCGAGCAGAAUAUAGGAGCCAAGUUUGCUCUUUUCCAGGUACUCCUCAUCCUGACCGCCCUGCAGCCAUCCAUCUUCUCAGUCCUGGCCAACGGCGGGCAGAUUGCUUGUUCGCCUCCCUUCUCCUCUAAAAUCAGGUCUCAAGUGAUGAAUUGCCACCUCCUCAUACUGGAGACUUUUCUGAUGACUGUGCUGACACGAAUAUACUACCGAAGGAAAGAUAACAAGAUUGGAUAUGAACCUUUCCCUUCUCCAGACCUGGAGGUGAACCCGAAAGCCUGAGAUGGAUGACUUGGACAGUGAAAGACACUGUGCUCAUGAGAUGGGCACAGAUUUCUCCAGUCCCUCAGCACUGACCAAAUGGGGAAGGGGUCCAUUGUCAGCACAAACUGCAAAUUACUUUGGACUAUAGCGAUGGUGACUUAUACAAUAGGAUGGAAUUGUCUUGGAUCUUGCCUGGGAAAGGUAAUUUA